AUGAUGAGAGGAUUAAGGUUGAUGAUCUUAAUUCCAUCUCUAUUAAUACUUACAAAUCUUCUAGAGACAAGCUCACAUGGAGAUCAUCCUCUCUCAAGAAUCGCUAUUCAUGAAGCAACUUUGGCCCUUAAUCAUCUUGCUUAUGUUAAAGCCUCUCCUUCCAUUCUUGGACUGACUACUGGACAGAAUUCACAGUGGGUGACCGUGGAGUACAGUACUCCAAUCCCAUCAGUUGAUGAUUGGAUUGGAGUAUUUUCUCCUGCCAAUUUCAGUGCUUCCACCUGCUCCUCAGAAAAUCCAAGAGUUUAUCCUCCACUACUGUGUUCUGCACCUAUUAAGUUUCAAUAUGCCAACUACUCUACUCCACAGUAUAGAGAUACCGGAAAAGGAUCAUUGAAGCUGCAAUUGAUCAACCAAAGAUCGGACUUCUCUUUUGCGCUAUUUACUGGUGGUUUUUUAAGUCCAAAGUUGGUUGCUGUCUCGAAUAAAGUUACUUUCUCAAAUCCAAAUGCGCCGGCCUAUCCGCGCUUAGCACAAGGAGAAACAUGGGAUGAAAUGACUGUAACAUGGACUAGUGGAUACGGGAUCACUGAAGCUGAACCUUUUGUUGAAUGGAGUCCUAAAGGAGGAGAUUCUAUCCAUUCCCCAGCUGGGACCUUGACUUUUGAACGUAGCAGCAUGUGUGGUGCACCAGCAAGGACGGUGGGCUGGCGUGAUCCUGGGUAUAUACAUACUAGCUUUUUGAAGGAGUUGUGGCCCAACAGAGUGUAUGCAUACAAGCUGGGACAUAGAUUGUUCAAUGGCUCAUAUAUAUGGAGUAAAGAAUACCAGUUUAAAGCACCUCCUUAUCCUGGGCAAGAUUCUGUACAACGUGUAGUCAUUUUUGGUGACAUGGGAAAGGGUGAAGUUGAUGGUUCCAGUGAAUAUAAUGAUUUUCAGCCUGGCUCUCUAAACACUACUAAGCAACUCGUUCAAGACCUGAAGAACAUUGAUAUAGUCUUCCACAUUGGAGAUAUAUGUUAUGCAAAUGGAUAUUUGUCACAAUGGGACCAAUUUACUGCACAAAUUGAGCCAAUUGCAUCAUCUAUCCCUUACAUGAUCGCUAGUGGGAACCAUGAGCGUGACUGGCCAGGGACUGGAUCCUUCUACGGGAACAUGGAUUCUGGAGGAGAAUGUGGUGUGCUGGCUCAGACUAUGUUCUAUACACCAACAGAGAACAGGGCAAAGUUCUGGUAUUCCACUGACUAUGGCAUGUUCCGGUUCUGCGUAGCAGAUACUGAACAUGAUUGGAGGGAGGGAACAGAGCAGUACAAGUUUAUUGAGCAUUGCCUUGCAUCAGUUGAUAGACAAAAGCAACCGUGGCUGAUUUUUCUUGCACAUCGAGUACUAGGGUAUUCUUCUGAUAUCUCUUAUGCUAUUGAAGGAUCAUUUGAGGAACCGAUGGGAAGGGAAAGCCUUCAAAAACUGUGGCAGAAAUACAAGGUUGACAUUGCAAUGUUUGGUCAUGUGCACAACUAUGAAAGGACAUGCCCCAUAUAUCAGAAUAUAUGCACAAGUAAAGAGAAGCACUACUAUAAAGGCACCCUAAAUGGGACAAUACAUGUGGCUGCUGGGGGUGCAGGAGCAAGCCUUUCACCAUUCACCACCCUCCAAACAGCAUGGAGUUUAUAUAAAGACUAUGAUCAUGGCUUUGUAAAACUCACAGCUUUUGACCAUUCCAAUCUGUUGCUUGAGUACAAGAAGAGCAGGGAUGGAAAGGUUUAUGACUCCUUCACUAUAUCCCGCGAUUAUAGGGACAUCUUGGCCUGCACUGUGGGUAGCUGUCCCAGUACGACACUGGCAUCUUGA